AGAACAUGAACUCUUGUGGUAUGAAACUCUUAUUAUAGUUCUUUUUUUAAUUAUGACUUUCUAAUAAUCAUAUUAUUGAAGAAGAAAUAAGAAUUAGAAAAAAAAAAAAAAGCAUGGCUGCUAUUGUUUCAGGUGAGAGCAAAAAAUCUGCCACUACUUUCAAAUUCCCACAUUUUGAUGUUGUAUCAGAUGAAUCAGAUCACUAUUACGUCAAAUCGAACCAAUCCAGCAAGGACAAAAAAUGCUUCAUUGAUACGAACACUUCUGCAUACAGAACGAUAAUGAAAGAAUGGAAAAUCCUGGAGAAACAGCUCCCUGAAUCCAUCUAUGUUCGAACUUAUGAGUCACGAAUGGAUCUUCUUCGCGCUGUCAUUGUUGGUGCUGCCAGUACUCCAUAUCAUGACGGACUCUUCUUCUUUGACAUUGUCUUUCCUUCAGAUUAUCCGAACCAACCUCCCAAAGUUCGUUAUCUGUCGCGUGGAUAUCAUAUGAAUCCUAAUCUUUAUACUAAUGGAUAUGUUUGCUUGAGCCUCGUUAACACUUGGAGUGGAACCUGGGUCGAAAGAUGGACUCCACGAAAGUCUACAAUUCUUCAACUACUCGUUUCAAUACAGGGUUUAGUCCUCAACGCUCGCCCUUACUUCAACGAGCCUGGACGUGGAAAACACAUCAAAGAUGAACGUUGGGUGAAGGCCUCUUUAGCUUACAACGAGGAAGUGUUCAUUUUGACAUGUAAAACGAUGCUUAGUUAUAUUCGUACACCUCCAAAGAACUUCGAGGGCUUUGUUUAUCAGUACUUUCGCGAGCGUGGUGAGUUCAUAUUGUCAGCUGUUAAUGCAUAUGGUCAUGGAAAUGCAACUGCAGGUCACUAUCAAGUAAAUCACCCACCAUCAUCUCGUGUUCACAACUCCGCUCAGUUUCAGAAGAAUUCGAAGAAAAUGCUUGUGGAGUUGCGAAAUGCUUUCAAGAAAUUGAACAACAGUUGUCCUAAAUUGAACAACAGUAGUCCUAAGUCUAAAGUAGUAGAGGAAAACAAGCCGAAAAGUGGAUUGCUUCACAAUAUAAUUGGCUUUUUCAAGUUUAUUUUUGGAUUGAGAGAUCAGAAAGUAUUGAAGGGGAGCGACGGAGUAACCGGUAAAGUUGCUGUCAUGUGACCGGGAGGUCACGGAUUCAAACCGUGGAAACAGCCUAUUGCAGAAAUACAAGGUAAGGCUGCGUACAAACCCUGAACCCAGUGCAUAGGGGGCGUUUUAGUGCACCAGGCUUCCCUUUUAGAUCAGUACGUAUUACAUUUCAAUAUAUUAGGAACAAUUUGCACCACAUUGAACUCGAGAUUUUCGUUGUUAUUUGGUAGAUUGUUCGUUUUUACGAAGCUGAAUUUGUGGUACUUUUCUAGUUA